AUGAAUUUUGAAAAGCGAUCGGAUUACCAGGAGGGGAGUCUUUGGUUUUAUGCACCCAAUAAAGGCGCGCCUAUUGCCUUUGCUAUACUAUUUGCGAUAUCUGGAAUCUUACAUGGGUACCAAUGCCACAAGUAUAAGUCCUGGAAGGUGACAGGCCUACUACCAUGGUCUGCGCUGCUUUUCACGGCAGGGUUCGUGAUGCGCACGAUCGGAGCUUUUGGGCAUUGGGGUAGUCUUGGAGUCUUCAUUUCGAGUACUGUUCUUUUACUAGCAGGACCACCGGUCUACGAGGGAGCCAACUUCUUCAUCUUGGGUCGCAUCCUUUACUACAUACCCUAUCACUCACCCAUCCAUCCGGGCCGUGUGUUCACCACCUUUAUCGCCAUGGGCGUCCUCAUCGAGAUCCUCACGGCCAACGGGGCCUCCUUGGUGGCCAACACCUCGAAUUCAGAAGCCUCUCAGAACACGGGCAAAGCACUGCUCAAGGCAGCCCUCAUUCUCCAGAUUGCCCUAAUGGUUGGGUUCACGGCCCUCGCCUCAAGGUUCUACUACAAUUGCUCUCGCGGCGGUGUUUUGAACAUCAAAGUGAAACGGGCCCUGCAUGUACUAUUCUGUAGCUGCAUUCUCAUCACCGUGCGCACCAUCUUCCGGACCGUCGAGUACUUUACUGCGGCCAGUUUGAACACCAGCAACAUCGAUAACCUGAGCCCGCUCAUCAAGCAGGAGUGGUUCUUUUGGGUUUUCGAGACCGUGGUCAUGUAUAGCAAUACCACUUUGUUGAAUGUUCUCCAUCCCAUGCGGUGGCUUCCCCGAUGCAACAAGAUCUACCUGGCAAAGGACGGGGUGACCGAAAUCGAAGGACCAGGGUAUGAGGACCCUCGUCCUGCCAUUGUGACAUUCUUCGAUCCAUUUGAUGUCGUUGGUCUUAUUACGAGGCGCCAGAAACCUCAGAAGUUCUGGGAACUUGAUGAGGCACAUGGUGCUCGACCGGAGGCGAAAGUAUAG